AACUGCCUGACUCGACCAACCGUGUUCCUGGUGCCUGACAUGGAGCAGAAGCAGGCCAAUAAGCUGAAGGACAUCAUCAAAAGACACCAGGGCUCCAUCACUGAGGACAAGUCUAAGGCCACCCAUCAUAUCUACCCCUCAUCAACCCAGCAGGAGGAUGAGGAGUGGCUGCGUCCGGUCAUGCGUAAGGACAAGCAGGUGCUGGUGCACUGGGGCAUGUACCCAGACAGUUAUGACACCUGGGUGUCCACCAGCGACGUGGAGGGGGAUGUGGAGGACCCACCCACCUCUGAGAAGCCCUGGAAGGUGCAUGCCAAGUGGGUUCUGGACACCGACGCCUUCAACGAGUGGAUGAAUGAGGAAGACUAUGAGGUGGACGAGAACAAGAAGACUGUGAGCUUCCGCCAGAGGAUCUUCCCAAAGGAGGAGAGAUGGAGGAGUCACUUGCCCAAGACGGAGGAGGAGGAGCAGGGCAAGGCCGAGGUCAACCGCCUCAUCGACUCCAGCGAGGACAACGACGAGCAGACCCACCACAUCAUCAUCCCCAGCUACGCCGCCUGGUUCGACUACAACUGUAUCCAUGAGAUUGAGAGGCGUGCACUGCCGGAGUUCUUCAACGGCAACAAGUCCAAGUCCCCAGAAAUAUACCUGGCCUACCGUAACUUCAUGAUCGACACGUACCGGCUCAACCAGGAGUACCUGACCUCCACCUCCUGCCGCAGGAACCUGACCGGAGACGUGUGUGCGUCUACUAGGGUGCAUGCGUUCCUGGAGCAGUGGGGGCUGGUGAACUACCAGGUGGAUGCUGAGAGCCGACCCUCCCCAUGGGCCCCCGCCCACCCCCCAGUCGUGUGCAAAACGCUGCUGACGGACACCCCCUCUGGCCUGACGCCGAUGCACCACCGCCCCCCACAGAUCCCCUCUGGCCAGCAGAUGCUCAACUUCCCAGAGAAGGGCAAAGACAAGCCCUCUGACAUGCAGAACUUUGGCCUGCGUAAUGACCUCUACUCCAAGAAGAACCCCAAGAGUAAAGGAACCAGCGGCGGCCGYGAGUGGACCGAGCAGGAGACUCUGCUCCUAUUGGAGGCUCUGGAGAUGUACAAAGACGACUGGAACAAGGUGUCGGAGCACGUGGGCUCGCGCACCCAGGACGAGUGUAUCCUGCACUUCCUGCGUCUGCCCAUCGAGGACCCUUACCUGGAGAACUCUGAGUCGUCCCUGGGCCCCCUGGCCUACCAGCCCGUACCCUUCAGCCAGUCAGGCAACCCCGUCAUGAGCACCGUGGCCUUCCUGGCCUCCGUGGUGGACCCCCGUGUGGCCUCCGCUGCUGCCAAGGCAGCCCUGGGUACGUGUUGUGGGGGCUGG